GUUGUUCUUGUUUGUGAUAUUUCAGGCCCUAGUACGUUAAUGAAGGUUUGGGAACGAGUUCGGGGUCGAUUGGACGAAGAUUGGACGGUUGGCAAGAAGCAGAGGAAGCCACACGGGCACGCCUAAAAACCUACACGGUCGUUGACAUCAAAUUGCACGGGCAAGCCACACUGGCCGUGUAAGGGAACCCUUGUGGCCGUGUGGAAAGUCCGAGGAGCUCACACGGGCAUCCUGGAAAUCCACACGGCCGUGUGGUUUUGGCCGUGUAGCAUACCCGAAGUCACUUAAGUGAAACGCGGCGUUUUGCACACUCACACGGGCAGCUGGGAAAGCCACACGGCCGUGUGGCUUGACCGUGUGGUCGGGAAUUUCUGGGUUUUUACCCAAAUUCGAGCCAAAGGAGAGGGAAUAGACUUUUCGGAGCAAAAACAGAGUCCUAGAGAGAGAAAGUGCGAAGAACACCCCCUAAGAGUGGUUUUGGAGCUGGGUUUCAUCAAUCAAGCUUGGAAAUCGUCCUUGGAAUGAAGAUCAUCAUCCCAGAGCAGAUUCUUUCCAUCUUGAUGAGUAUGACUUCUUUGUUUGUUGUUUUCCUCUCUCUCUCUCUAUCGAGUAGAACCCUCUCUCACUUGGGUAUGAAGAACCCUAGUUCUAUGUGUUAGGGAUCAUUGUUGUAACGAAUUUUGGAUUGUGAUAUUGCUUGAUUUUAAUCGAUUGAAGUGUUUUGAAUGAGUCAAUUGAAGCCUGAUCAUCUUUUAUUGAUUUCUGCUGCAACCUGAGAUAGAUAGAAUCUGAUUAGGUUGUUAGAGCUUCUUCAAUCGGUAGUAGUGAAUCGAUUAUACGAGAGUUAGUCGAUUCAUUGCUUUGUACUGGAAUCUAAUUCCAGUAGUGGAGUUCUGUGUUCAUUGCCUCAGCUUUCUAUCCCGGUGAAGAUUAGUCGUCUACCGGGUAGUUUGACUGAGAGGGCUUGGUCAGCUUAAGAGAUUCCAAGCUACUGUCGGAUCUUCCGCAGUAUAAUCAGCAGUAAAGCAACCAAAAGUAAUCAUAACUGUGACCUAACUAAGGAGCUAGGGGGACUCAUUCCCGAGUGACUCUUUCUUUGCUUUAGAAAAUCGAACCAUUUCGUGCUUUCUUACUGCUUUUACUUAAAUCAACAAUCAAUCAACUUAGUUUGCUAGAUAACAGAUAUACACGGAAUAGGCAGUAGAUCUAGACCCCGGGUUGACAAUUAGAGCUUGCCUGUUACUGCAUUUCCGGACUGCGAUUACACUUGGUCGCAGUUUGGUGUUGUGUUUUAGCGUGUCAGAAGUCAAAGCAUUAAGCGAGAAUGUGUACUAGUCGUCCUUCAUCUGAGACGAUGCAUGAGGUUGCUGUCGAGAACAAGGCCUUUGUGGUUGACUUGAAGAACCGGACAUGUACGUGCGGUUGGUGGGCACUAAAUGGUAUUCCUUGUAGUCAUGCUUUUGAAUCCAUCAGAAGCAUGCGAGGACAUCUGGACCUUUACGUUGAUGGUUUCUUCAAGAUGGAGUUUGUCAAAAUGGCAUACAAGUUUCCCAUUCCAGCAUUGGAAGGCCGACAAGCAUGGAUGCCCGUGUUUGGGAACAAGGUGUACCCUCCUCGGAUUAGGCGCAUGCCUGGUCGUCCAAAGACAAAACGUCGAAGGGAGGCUUUGGAGAUCUGAAGCAAGCAAGCUAAAAAUGGAAUUGGGGAGGUUGCUAGUAGGGAGAACAUCUCUUUUCAUUGUGGGAAUUGUGGUGGAGAAGGCCACAAUUCGAGGACAUGUAAGAAUGAGCCUGUUGCCCCGAAGAAAGCAGCUCCUAAGAAGAAGAAGCAAGCACACCCAACUCCUAUGGCACCUGUUCCUCAAUCAAAUCAAGACGCUGGAAGGGAGAAUCAAGUAACUCGAAGAGGAUCCUUUUAAAACUUAUUAGUUAUUUGUUAUGAAUGUUUAUUAAUGUAACAUUUUACAGCUGCCACGAGAAAAGAAGAAGGGUCAUUGCAGCAAGUGUAGAUCAAAGCACCAUAAUGCAAGACGUUGUCCACUACUUGUAGGGAUUCAGGUAACCAUCUGUAACUAUGAAUGAAUGGAAUGAAUGAAAGAAUGAAAUCACUGAAUGUGUAUGAACGUGUAGGCCCCCCAUGUUGGUUCGUGUAGUAAAAGGGUAACUGAUCGUGAAAUGAGAAGGGCGAUGCAAGGUAAUGGAACCUACAUUGAUAUGGACACUGGAAACAUGUAUGCAAGGGUGUGUAACAGAGUUUUGCAGCUUAGUGACAGAGUAGUGCUUGUUGUGAACUCUAUUCCUAAUAUGAAGAUCCUACUAUUUUGCAGCUUAGUCACAGAGUGCCACCACCUGGUGGGGUACGAGCAACAGAACCAGACCUGCCUCCUGUCAAUACCACACGGCCUCCCACUACUCAACCAGAGUCGCCUUAGGAAAUCAUAAGAUGCUAUGUUAGGAAGUAGAUAAAACUCCUAUUUUGUGCAUGCUAUGUGCAUGUUACGAAUCAUUGUGAUUCGUUGGAGUGUAGGAAGAAAUAUGUAAAGUAGGUCCAAAGAUAGGAUUCCCCCUUUUGUACAUGGUCUGGAAAUGAACCUUGUCCUAAACUAAGGCACACCUUGUCCAAAACUAAGGUAGUGCCCCUUUUGUAAAUGGUCUGGAAAUGAACCUUGUCCUAAACUUAUGUAUUGCCCCUUUUGUAAAUGUUCCGGACAUGUUUGAAUGAUCAAACAGAUUAUGUUUAUGAAUGAAUGAAGUUGUAUAUGUUUGUCCCAGUUAUGCUUCAAUGAAAGCUUCAAUGAAAGAACAUGAUAAUAGGAAGGAAAUAAGGUAUCAUAAUGGAGCAGUUCUUUGAUUUCAUCAGAAAUUACACAAUUAGACAACAAGCUUACAAUUGGACAAUCACCAAAACAAAAAGAAACAUAACUACAACGAUUGCACAGGCGGUUAGCCAAUUUUGUAGCGCACAAAUCGCAUUUCGAAUACUUUGCAAUUCACCAAAACUAGCUGAAUUGAUCUCGGUCAGCAUCGUCAAGUCUUCAAGCAUUGCCAACUUCUCCUGUUUCCUCUUCUCCUGCAUAGUUCGAGCCAGGAUGUUAAUUUCUCAAACCACGAGUCAAAGUUUAUUACAUGGUCAUAGUUCAGGCCAUAAUAAGAUAUUAACCCAAUG